GAGUGUAAAGUUUCCACUAUAAAAAUAACGUGCAUGGAUUGAGGGACAUCACCUGGAGGCCAACGAGCUCUUGAUCAGAGAGAUCAGAGUGUGAUAGAGAGAGAGAUGGCGAUAAGGCGGAAGGAUACUGAAGAGCGAGUUACAGAGGGUGGGGACAAGCUAAUCCACCCACAUCCAAUGCAAUUCUUAGAGAACAUUCCUGAGGAUAGCAAAUGCCGCGAAUGUGGAAAAUCUUGCGGUAAUAAGGUCUACGGUUGCUUACAAUGUCGUUACUUUAUCCAUCCGAGCUGUCAUCCAGUCCAGAAAUUAGAGAAAGAAGUCCAAUCCUUGUGUCAUCCCUGUCUUCUCAUCGGAUAUGUGGUUCGUCCCAGUAUGUCGAGCUUUAUUACUCAGGAAACAAUGGUUUGCUGUAAUAUUUGUGGCCAGCGUCCUAAGAGGGGUGGGGUCAUCUUUCACUGUAACGAGUGUGAUUUCAACCUUGAUCCUGAAUGCAUUGAUGUGAGCCCGGCUACGCCUAGCAAUAUUAAAACGGUGCCGGAUGAGGAACUUCAAAGUUCUACAAAAUAUUUUAGCCACGAGCAUUCGUUGAUACUCUACAAUAACAUACCUAGAGAUCGAGUUGAAUGUUGUGUAUGUGGAAAGUACUGCUCCAAUAAUGCUUACAGUUGCUUACCAUGCGCCUUCUUUCUCGAUCCAUCAUGUGCUGAGCUAAAAUUGCCGCAAAAAAUCCAACAUUUCUACCAUUCCUAUCCUCUCACCUUGUACAUUAAACCAGAAGUUGGCUUUCGAAAAGAUGACUAUUGGCAGACAUCUGCAUGCAGAGUUUGUCACCAAAAGUUUCCAGCUAAAGCCGGCUACUAUGGUUGUCGUCGGUGCGAUUUCGUCAUAGAUAUUGAUUGCACUCUAUUGCCGGCUAGCUUGGCAGCUGGAUCAAGUAGUCAAAGAAUGCUUCAUACUAUUUUCCACGAACAUCCAUUGUCACUUUCUCAGGAAGAGAACGAUGUCAGAGUUAAUUGCUUUGUCUGUGGGAAAGGCUGCAACAGUAGUAGUUCAACCUAUUCAUGUGGUAGAUCUACCUGCCGUGACAUUUACAUUGAUAAAUCAUGCAUUGAGUUGCCGCCAAAGAUCUACCAUCCCUUUCAUUUGUAUCACCCUCUCUUCCUUCUCAAACUGGAAGGUCGUCAUGCAAAAUGCAAUGCCUGUCGCAAGGAUAUUGGGGAAGGUGCCUUCGCCUAUAGUUGUCAUGUUGACAUUGACAAUUGUAGUUUCCUCUUGGACAUUAUUUGUGGUGGAGUGAUAGUGCCUGCCAUAAAGUACGAGGCCCACAGUCACCUACUACAUUUUAGGGAGAGAACGGAUGAUCUACUCAAGUGCAAUGCUUGCGAUAGAACUUGUGAAUCAUCUAUCUUCAACUGUCUGUACUGUGAUUGGAAUAUCCAUUAUACUUGUGGUCCAUUACCACAUAGCAUUACCCAUAAAUGUCACGAACAUCCACUUGUUCUUACAAAUGCUCUUGCUGAACAUGAAGAUGAGAUGGACGAUGAAUUUUAUUGUGAUGUUUGUGAGAAACAGAGAGACCAAUUAUUGCCGAGUUAUCAAUGUACAGGCAGCAAUUUUGUUGCUGAAAUUGGGUGCGUCAUAUCUGAGGUAAUAUCACUGCUAAGGGGAGAUCAUGGAGAUCAUGUAGAGUUAAGGGAUCCUUUUGAGCAGCUUGGAAAAUUGAUUAUGCCGCCCAAAAACACAAUAGAAGAUCAGAUGAUGCAAAACAAAGAAGAACAAAGUGAGCCGACUUUAAGCUUGUCUAAAAUUUUAAAAUCCUUGAAUGAAGAUGAGAGUAUGGAAUUGAGAAGGGCUCUAAGGGUUAGAGAGAUUAGAAAAACACUGCUAAAGGGAGAUCAUGGAGAGUUAAGGGAUCCUUUUGGGCAGCUUGGAAAGUUGAUUAUGCCGCCCAAAAACACAAUAGAAGAUCAGAUCAUGCAAAACAAAGAAGAACAAAGUGAGCCGACUUUAAGCUUAUCUGAAAUUUUAAAAUCCUUGAAUGAAGAUGUGAGUAUGGAAUUGAGAAGGGUUCUAGAGGCUAGAGAGAUUAGACAAACAGUUAAUGCUGAAGAGAAAUUCUUUAAUGAUGACCCUGGGGAAGAUAAUAUUCUACAGUUUUUUGACAAGGAUUACAGAGAAUUUAUAAAUUUUCUUGCUCAGGGCGCAGAGAUUUUUGUACAAUUUUGGGACGAAAGACUCAAUUCCUAUUAUGGGCGGGGACCCGCUGCCCACCCCUAUUCAGGAAGAGUUGAGGUUUUUUUAUGGAGUUCGGAUGCAAAAUCUCACAAUGACUACUUUGCUCUUGAAGAAGAGGUUGUCAAUGUUGGAGAACACCACAAGGCUGCUCGGACUUUUGCUCCUAUCCUGAGGAGCUUGCUUUCCAAACACGGUGAUAUUAGCGCUGCAUCCAAACUAAGUCCAAAUGUAAAAAUAUUUUUUGUUAACAUGUUAUGUGGUUGCAUAAACAGCAUGAGAAACGCCAAGGUUGUGGAUAUCACCAGAGAUUUGCUUCUCCUGUGGUGGACAAGCUUGAAAACUUGCCAAAAGGCAGGAUUUAAAAUUCAAUCUGUCUUCGAUCAUUUGAAGAGAGUUGCAGAUGCUUUCUUUGGUCUUUAUAUUGGAAAACAAGCAGACAAAGUUGACAGAGAUAUUGCAGAGCUUGCCAAAGAUAUUGCAAAGCUUUCCGAAGAUAUUGAGGAACUAAAACGGAAACGUGAUUCUAUAGUGUCUAGUAGAAAACGAGACUUCGUUGACAAAUGCUUGAGGCAGGCUUCGUUCUUGAAGAAAGGUAAAGCUAUUACUGAACGAUCAUGGGGGUCGAUAUAGGCCGGUGUGGGAAUUAUUAUGUAAUCUAUUAGCAUUAAUUCUUGCAUAAUUGUUUGCUUCUUUUCUAUAUUUACUUCACCGCAUCCAUCGUGAAUAAGCAAGGCUCGACAGUCACUUUGCAUUUCUAAUCCCAUUUAAUUAUGUACAUGUAAUACAAUAUUGUGGUCUUGAAGACGAUGUUUGUACUUAGAAUCUCUACUUUAAUAUUAUGUGAAAUUAUUUAUUAUUUUAAAACAGUUAAAAGAGUUA